GAAGACAUAUGUUUUUUCUUUGUUUCAGUUUAAUGAUUAUUUUAUUUGAAAAAUUGUUUUCAAAUAAUCAAUUUCCUAUUGUUUAACAAUGGAAAGAAUUAUUAUUGAAAUUCGUAAUGAAUGUUCACAUAAUAUGUCCGCCGAUUUGGCUAAAUAUUGUGAUGUUAUUCUAGAUUCAAUACAGGCUGAUCUUGUUGAAUCGAAUGUUCAACAACAGGAAAAACAUCUGCAAUUGAUAUUACAAUUGUUCAAAAUAUGUGUUGAAAAUAAUGUAUCGAAAUUGAAUUUAUUGAGCAUCGAUUUGCUAAAACUUUACAUCCGGCAAACAAACGAAUCAAAUAAUGAUUCAAUAAAAGAAUAUACGAUAAACCAGAUAUUAAAAUCAUAUUGUAAUAUAUUUAAUAAAAAUGGUGCAUUAAUGUCGCUUGAAUUGUUGGGUUUCAUCAUCGAAGUUUCGGCUACUUUCGUAAAACAUUUAACUAUUGUUCAUGUGAUAGACAUUAUUGAACUUUGUCAUAAACAGAUCAAAGAAUAUGUUCUUAAAGGUUCAAUUGGUUCGGCUAAUUCUAGUCAAAGAGCUUCAUCAACAUUACGAAAUUUGUUCACAGUACAUAGAAAUUCUAAUCAGGAUAAAGUUUUUUCUGCAAUCAAUAUGACAGCCGGACAAGUAUGUCAUUAUUUUGUAAAAAAUAAAAUUGUCGAACAUCGUCAUCAAUCAAUAUCGAGUGAAGAAAAUAGCAAACCAUCACAGGAUUUUAUUCAUCUAAUGCUAUUUCUGAUCAAAAAACUUGAAACGAAAGUUAGCUUUUUGAAUGAAGUAGAACUAUCGCGUCACAAAAUAGAUAAACAUGGUGAUAAUGAACGCAUCAAAUCAUCGGUUAAUGAAACCAAAGUCGAAAUAUUUAUCUUGAUAAAAACAUUCAAUUGUUUCUAUCUAAAAUGUAUACAUUUCAUUUUAUUAACCAUACCGGAUGCAUGGAAACAUAUGACAAACCGAUUGAUGGAAAUCAUAUGGAAAUAUUUGGCACCCGUUCUUAUUCAUAUAUUAAAUCCAACAUCGACUAUUGCAGUUUCGAAUUUGAAUCCCAUUGAUUCGUUAAUGGGAAAUCAUCAUGAUGAAAAAAAUCAGACAACAUUUUUCGGUCGUGGAUCUGAAAGAUUGCAUUUAACUUCACCGGUCAAUCGAAAACAUCAUACAUUAAAUGGUUUGAACUAUCAGGAACGUCAAUACAUAUAUAAAAUAUCAAUAGAAUUACUUCGUUUGUUCGGCCUGGAAAAUUCAAUGCGUCCCAUAUUGGAAGCUCUAUUUUAUAGAAUAUUUUUAUUACCACCAUUGAAACAAAGACUUGAUUCAUUAAUCUAUAUGCAAGAAAUAUUCAAAAAUCCAUUGUUGGUUUUGGUUCUAAUCAGUGAUCCAAUAUGUUUGUUCGGCCCAUCAGUUUCUAAUUCACAACAUUUAGAUUUGUUUCAGAUAUUUAUGGAUGCAAUCAAAGAGGCAAACCUUUGUGACGACUUGAUUCUUAAUCAAUCGAGUUUAGUUUGUUUAGCAUCAUUAUUAAGUACGUUGAAAAACAUUGUCAUUCUUGAAAACGGUUCAUCUGAUCGAAAUAUGGACAGCUUUAACAAUGGUGAUUCAAAAAUUUUAAAUUCUUCAAUCACAAAAAUGAUCUGUUCAUAUGUUGAACGAAACAAAAAAACAUUCGAAUCAACCUUAAAUAAUGUUAAUUUGACCAGUCGAAAUCGUUUACGUUCGACUAGUCGUAUGGCUAAAUAUAGUACUCCACAGCCAUAUGAUCGUCCUAUAAAUUUCUCAUCGAUCAAAGAUAGAAUUUAUGGAUAUGAUAUGAUUACAUCGCUUGAAUCACGAAUAAAAUCGAAAUCUUUCACAUUGUCCAGUAACACUGUUCAGGAAAGAAAAAACAUUCUAGUUGAUUCAGAAAGUGGUGCAAAAGCGCAAAAUAGUUCUAAUUAUGAAGAUAUUGAUUUUCAUGACAAACUUAAAGCAUUGAUUUCAUCAUCAACAUUAACCUCAUCAUCAUCAUCAUCUUCUCCACCAUUACCAUUGGGAAAAAAGAAUGAUGAGUCUUGUCAUCAAUCUAAUAAUCAACAACCGAUUCCAACAUUUCAAAGUUCAAGUUUGCAUCUUUCAUUCGAAAAUCUUCAUCGUCUUUCAUCAUUGAAUUUAGAUUUAGAUGUUGAUCAUUUGAGAUUCACAAACAGUGAGUCAAAAUUAAAUAUGCUUUAUUGUGGUGAAUUAUCAUUCGUUAAUGUUCAUGAUGACAAAAAUGUUGGUGACGAAAUAAUUAGUUUGGAAAAUAGUUCAGUAUUCGAUGAAAUAUCUUCAAGUGAUUCCGAUGUUCGCACUCACAACUAUGAUGAUGAUGAUGAUGAUGAUGUAAAUCUUGAAUCCGACGAUGCAAAUGUUGAAACAUUUGUUAUGUCAAAAAUGUUUCGCUAUACCAAACGUUCAAACUUUCAAUCAUCAAAUCUUUCUUUUUUUGAACGAUCAUUGGCACAGAUUUUCGUUAGAAAAUUGUCAAAAAUUUUACCUGACUUAGCUAAUUGUCGAAAUUUAUUCGCAGUUGAUGAAGCUAUUCAAUCAUUCGCAUCGUUAUUUUGCAAAAAUUUAUAUAUUAAUCUUAAUAUUUUGAUGCGAUCAAAUUCUGUGAAUAAAUCUGCUUUGAUUGAUUUGGAAGAUGAAGAAAUUGAAAAAAUACAAAAUUAUAAAGAUCUAUUCAACAAUCUAUUUAUCAAUGCUGAUGGUAUUUAUUUAACAACUUAUCUUAUAUUGUUAUUCAAUUUAAAACUACAAUAUUCAAACUAUUAUGAACAUGAUAUUAAAAAUAAUAUACCAAUCAGUGAAAAAGCAUUUGUGGAUGACAUUUUUGAUUAUCAUAUUACCAUUUAUGUUUCACAAAAUUUUCUGGCCGAAAUCUAUCAAAAUGUUCUAGCUACAAAUCUAUUCGAUUCAAUUUACAAUGAAUAUCGGUCAGAUUUCAAUAAAUUGCCAUUGGUCAAAUUUCUUUUAGAUAUUGAUAUUCUUGAUCGUAAUAAUCCAGAUGCAUUUAAAUUAUCCGAUUAUGUUCGGCUUGAACAAAUGGCCACAAAAAAUCAUUAUUAUCAACAAUAUCAACCGAAAAUUGAUUCGAAUGAUCAACAAAAUCGAUGUAAACAACUAAAUCUAUUGAUAAAAAGAUUUUUUCAUUGUUUUUGGGAGCCGAUUAUUCUUUGUUUACGACAAGCAUUAAGCAAAAAAUUUACUUUUCAAAACAUGGUCCAAUUAAUCGAUUCAUAUAAUGUAACCUAUUUAAGUUCUGUUUGUUUGAUAUUCGAUUGUGAAAACAAACAUUCUUUGGCCCAAACCAAAAAUACAAACGUCAGUAUACAGAUAAUUUUGGUAUUGUUUGAUAUUUGCGAAAAAGUUGGAUACUAUAAUCAAAUUGACAAAAUUUAUGGCCUUCUUUAUCAAUACAUUACGAAAUUUUGGCAACAAAAUCCGAAAUAUAAAAAUGAGCUUAAAAAAUCUUUCUCAUCUAACGAUGUUGUUCAGCAAACAUUUGGACAUGCAAAUUUUUCUUUUUCACAAAUAAUUGCAUUGAAAACAUUAUUAACAAGUCCGAUUCGUAUUGGAAGCCAUUGUCCACGAAUAUGGAAAAAUGUUCUUGAUCUAUGUAAAUUUGUCAUCGAUGUAGAAAAUUAUACAUUUAGGUCGAGUCGAACAAGUUUACUUAGCCGCGCUAGAGUUUCAAUCAAUACUAUUCUUAAAUCAAAUUCAAUGUCAUUUACUUCGGGUAAUGCAAAUUUUGAUUCAAAUCUUCAUGCAGAUCAUUAUCAAAAUCUUUAUGAUCAUACUGCAUUCAAUCAAUUUCCCGGUAUAAAUGAAGCUGAAUAUUUGAAUUUUGAACAACAAUUCGAUAUUGUUCUGAAUGAAAUUAAAACACAAAAACAAGAACUUGAGCCAGAUUCUAAAGAUAUGGAACAUAUUAUCGAAUAUCUAUCAUUAUUGGUGUCGCAAAUUUUUGAAACGAUUCCAUUAAAAUGUAAUUUAUCACUAUUGUAUAGUUUUAUCUGUGAACUAUGUGAUUAUAGCAAAAUGCAAUUAAUCAAACUAAAUGAUCAAAUAAAUUUGUUGAAUGCAUCUCAAUCGCAACCGAGAAUAACAUUAAUGAUGAAUACCGAUCAAUGGUCUAGUCAGGAUGGUAAAUCCUUAAUGUUAUUUCGUUUGGUCGAAGUAGUAUUACGAUUUGUUAGGAAUGGUAGACCAUUAUUACAUUUUAUGAAAAUAUGGCCGACUGUUUCAUCACAUCUAGUAUUAGCAUCUACACAUAAAGAUACUAAUAUUUCUAAAAAGGCAAUAGCUUCAUUACACGAUAUAAUUAAUGCUUUUUUAUCGUCGUAUAGUGAAUUAGAUUUUUUUCACUUUAACGAAUCAUUAUUUAAACCAUAUGAAAAAUUAUUACGAUAUGAAAUGUGCAAUUCCGAAACACAACAAGAACUUGUGCUAUAUUCUAUUUGUGAAUUUGUUGAAGGAGCAUUGAAAGAGAUAAGAUCUGGUUGGAAAUCCAUAUUUAAAGCUUUACGUGGAUUACGACUUUCGAUUGAUGAAACAGCUACGAAUACAUUACAACAAUCUAAAUUUAAUUGUAGUCAUCAUGUACAGAUUUUAACCGAUACAUUCGAAGCAUUUUUACGUACAGAUAAUAUGCAUGUUUUGGCAUAUGCUUCGGUUGAUUUUAUACCUUGUAUAUUUCAUUUGAUUCGCAAUUUUUCUACCGAUCUCAUAGACAAUUCCAUAACAGAAUAUCGUAAGUUUUUCGAAAUCGUUAUUCUCAUUAUUAAUAAAAUUAUUAAUAUUCAAUGAAUUUACAGAAAAUGAAGUUUUCAUCAUAUUU